AUUCACAGCUUGAUGUGCCCUAGUCUAGGACAGCUUUUGCCAGAAGGCAAUGGGAUCUCUGGCCCCACGAUGCUGGAAAAUCCAGCCUGGUGCCACACUGGACACAAAUGUGGUCUUAGUAUCUAGGGAUAUACUCUCAUAUAGCCCUGGCCAUCUGCUGGAAAUCAGUGGGAAUCAGUGAAGAAUUUCUUUUCACAUUCUACCCCAUCAGAGGCUGCUAAGCUAAGAAGAGCUAAAUCCUGUGUGUUUGAUAUGGAUUUGGAGAACCAGACACGGGUCACCGAGUUCAUCCUGGUAGGAUUUCCUGGGAGUUUGAGCAUGCGAGCAGCCGUGUUCCUGAUGUUUCUUGUGGCCUAUAUUCUGACCGUAGCUGAAAAUGUAAUCAUCAUCCUACUGGUGCAGCAGAACCGACCACUGCACAAGCCUAUGUACUUCUUCCUGGCCAACCUGUCUUUUUUGGAGACCUGGUACAUCUCUGUGACUGUGCCCAAGCUGCUGUUCAGCUUCUGGUCCAUAAGUAACAGCAUCUCCUUCACCCACUGUAUGAUACAGCUUUACUUCUUCAUUGCACUUAUGUGUACGGAAUGUGUUCUCCUGGCUGCCAUGGCCUAUGACCGUUAUGUGGCCAUCUGCCGCCCGCUGCACUACCCCACCAUCAUGAGCCAUGGGCUCUGUUUCCGCCUGGCUCUUGGUUCCUGGGUCAUCGGCUUUGGCAUCUCUUUGGCAAAGAUCUACUUCAUCUCUCGCCUCAGCUUCUGUGGUCCCAAUGUCAUCAACCACUUCUUCUGUGACAUCUCUCCAGUACUUAAUCUCUCCUGCACAGACAUGUCUAUUGCCGAGUUGGUGGACUUCGUCUUGGCUCUGGUCAUCUUCCUCUUCCCACUGUCAAUCACUGCUUUAUCGUAUGGGUGCAUUCUGGCCACCGUGCUACGCAUGCCAACAGGGAAGCAGAAAGCCCUUUCCACCUGUGCUUCCCACUUCGUGGUGGUCACCAUCUUCUACUCCGCCACGAUUUUCAUGUACGCCCGACCCCGAGCUAUUCACGCCUUCAACAUGAACAAAGUCAUUUCCAUCUUCUAUGCCAUUGUCACCCCAGCCCUCAAUCCUUUCAUUUACUGCCUCAGGAAUCGGGAGGUCAAAGAAGCUCUGAAGAAACUCAUCUACUGCCAGGCUGUUAGAUCUGACUAGUCUGUUCUGACUGGUUGGAAAGAAAAGACUGUCUUCUCUGUUUUCCUUUCUCUUUC